AUGAGCGCCACUACACCCGAGAGCUUCAACUCUGCCGCUGCCCGUGCGGCUCGUCGCGUGCAGUGCGUCGCCAGCCACGUCCAAGCCGGCGACCAGGGGCUGGUAGCGGUCCAGGGCGUGUCGGCCACCGAAAUGGUGGAUGGCGUGACCACAUUGCGCGCCGAGCGUGCCGGUGGAUCGUUUGACGUGCGCGCCAUGACCCACUUGCUCGACGGGGGAGAGGAAAUCACGCGCAUUAAGGAAGAGUACGUCGCGCUACUCGAACGCGAGCCCCUGAUGCUCGACGCCGGCUUCUACGAUCGCACGAGGGAGCAGGCCCGUUACCGCGUGAUGCAGAAGAUGAAGCGCUUCGGCGAGCUCAAGCCCGAAGACCCUCUCCGCUCCAAAAUCUUCAACGACCUCGUGGCCCUCCACGAUGCCUCGUUCAGCACCCGCAUGGGCGUGCACUACACCCUCUUCAUUGGUGCCCUCACCGGCCAGGCCACCAAGGAGCUGCAAGAGAAGUACGUGCCCGAUGCUCGCAAGCUGCGCGUCAUUGGCUCCUUCUCCAUGACCGAGAUGGGCCACGGGUCCGCCAUUCGCCACUUCGAGACCACCGCCCACUUCGACAAGCAGUCCGACACCUUCGUCAUCAACACCCCGACCCUCACGGCCACCAAGUGGUGGAUCGGCGGCGCGGCGCACAUCUCGACCCACACCAUCUGCUUCGCGCGUCUGAUCAUCGACGAGAAGGACUACGGCGUGCACUCGUUCCUUAUGCAGCUCCGAGACCGCGACGGCAACAUCCUGCCCGGCAUCACGAUCGGCGACUGCGGCAAGAAGAUGGGCCGUGACGGCAUUGACAACGGCUGGCUCCAGUUCAAUAACGUGCGCGUGCCGCGCAGCCAGAUGCUCCAGAAGUGGGCCAAGGUGUCCCGCGAGGGCGUGUACAGCCAGCCGCCCAAGGCGCAGCUGGCCUACGGAGCCCUGCUCGGCGGUCGCGUGUCGCUAAUCCUCAACUGUAACGACCAGCUCAAGCGCGGUCUCACCGUGGCGAUCCGCUACUGCGCCGUGAGGCGGCAGUUCGCCAACAAGCCGGGGGCUCCCGAGACGCAGAUCCUCGACUACCAGACCCACCAGAUCCGCCUCCUCGAACCGCUCUGCGGCGCGUUCGCGUGGACCUUCGCCGGGCGCACCAUGGAGGCCCAGGCCACCAAGCUCCAGCAAGAUCUCGCCAACGGCGACCUGACGAACCUGCCGGAUCUCCACGCCACGUCGGCCGGCCUCAAGGCUAUCUGCACGUGGUACAUCACGGCCGCGCUCGAGCAGGCGCGCCAGUGCAUGGCCGGCCACGGCUACUCCGCCUACUCGGCCCUGCCCACGCUCGUCGCCGACAUCACCGUCAACUGCACGUGGGAGGGCGACAACACCGUCAUGCUCCUGCAAACGGCCCAGUACCUGGUCAAGUCGAUCUCGCGUGUCUUCGAAGGAAAGAAGCUGGUCGGCAGCGCGCGCUACCUGGAGCGCACUCAGGAGAUCCUGACCCAGUCACCCCUCAGUGUCUCCUCCGCCAGUGACUAUGAGAACGAGGAGCUCGUGGUGCAGCUCUAUGAGCGUGCCGCGGUCAAGAAGAUCGUGCGCGCCGCUCGCGCGGUGCAGAGGGAGAUCAAGGCGGGGAAGCCCAAGGACGCCGCCUUCAACGCGUGCCUGAUUGACCUCGUGCGAGCCUCGGAGGUGCGCGCUGUCGAGGCCGGCCCGCUGCAGGCGGUCCUCAAGAAGAUGUUCCUCCUCUUCUGCCUCAACCGGGUGGCCAACGACGCCUCGACCCACCUGGCGGACGGCUGGAUGAACGAGAAGCAGCUCGAGCUGCUCCAGGAGAAGGUGAGGCAGCUGCUGAGCGAGAUCAGGAAGGACGCCGUGCCCCUGGUCGACUCCUUCAACCUCCCUGACUCCCUCGUCAACUCGCCGCUCGGCCGCUUCGAUGGUGACCUGUACAAGCACUACUUUGCCGAAGUGCGCGCUGCGCCCAACGCGGAGAUCAAGGCUCCCUACUGGGACGAGCUGGUCAAGCCCUGCCUGAGGAAGGACCUCUAA